AUGUCUGUGGAAAAACUCCCUUUCCUUACAGCAGUUGGGCUGUUGUUUUUAAGCAUUGGGUAUGCAGAGCUAGGAGACGGGUCUGGCAAUGUCAUGCCUUCUCCAAUUGCUUGUAUGAACUGCACAUUCUGCCAAUAUCCCUGCCACUCUCUCCCUCCACCACCACCACCUUCUGGCCCUUUCUACGAAGUGCCACCGCAACCACCCGAAGGAAACCCAUCACCACCUUUUGGUCCUUUUUAUGGAGUGCCACCGCAGCCACCUUCUGGACCUAUAUAUGGAGUGCAGCCACCACCAUCACCACAACUGGGUCAAGGCAAUUACCCACCAACUCCAUGUGUUCCCUGCUACCAUUACCCUCCAACUCCUAAUGGUUAUGUGCCUUUCGGCUGUUCUGCAACUUCCCCUUUGCACUUUCCUUUUGUUUCUUCUAAGGACUCAAUACUCUUGCAAUGUUAUGUUCUUGACUGCAUAGAAUCAAGACCUAACAAAGUUGCAAUUUUUAGUUGUUUUGGUGGUAUGGGGUAA